ACGCCUGCGUCAGAGAAGCUGCGUGGAACACCAUGCGCUGUGUAUACAGUGGAAAGAUGGCGACCGUGAAUUAAGGUAAUGCGUCUCUGUCCAUUCGCAGCCCUUAAUUCCGUGUGAAAAUAAAAACCAAUCAGCAACAGCUAGGAAACCACCCUAUCAGGUGAAACUGGUCAAUGAACUGAUCCUUACAUUGGGCUGGCCCUACAAUGGAGAACCUAGCCGAGUUGGACGGUAACGAGUCGACAGAACCCGUAGAGCCGGAGACUGUAACCGAACCGACUGAAUUGUUGACUGCUCACCCUUCAGACGGCGACGACGAAGCAGUAAGUUCUAACAUGUUGGACUCGACCGAUUUUCGGUCUCUUAGCGAGUCCCCCUAUCCUACCCUAGGUGGACGAAUGUCUCCAGGUUUCUCUGCCGGCAGCAGCUACGCUACACUGACUCCACUUCAGCCAUUACCACCAAUUUCUACUAUGUCCGACAAGUUUAAUCACUACGGUCAUGCGGGCGGCAACUUCACUCUAAUGCAAGGAAUGACUAUGAGUAGCUAUCAGUACGAUAAGUUAACUGGUAUAACCAUUAUGAACAUCAGCCCCACACUGGGGGCAGCGCACCCCUCACCCGUAGCUAUGAUGAACACUAACGGGUUCGGCCCUCUGGCUACCCACGUCAGUAUUCCAUCCCCAACUUACCAAGAGAAUGGCAGAGAAUCCCCUGAGAAGGGGAUGUCCAACAAUGGAUACGAUACUUACAGCCUGCGAGAUCAGACCCGGAAUUUGGAAUCUCCUCAAAGUCCCCCGGUCAGUUUGCACUCCUCUACAAGAUUAAUGCCUACUUUAAACGGCUUAAAUGCUCCCGAGACUCCCCCAUCAGUCCAGCUGACGGCCCCGGUGACUCCACCUGAGCAGGAAGACACAAAACCAGUGACAAUAGCAACCUUAACCACUUCACCAAGUGGAGGGCUGACCUUCUCACAACCUCUUGUGGCCGUUGCUACUGUAAACUUGACCAAUGGCGAAGAAAGUAUUGCAACGUCAAUUCCCAUUAAAACGUCGGAAGCCCCCGCGACAUCUCUCUCUAAGACCUCUACGGAGGAAGAUGUAGAAGAGAUUAACACCAAAGAAGUAGCCCAGAGAAUAAGUGCCGAACUCAAACGCUACAGUAUCCCGCAGGCCAUCUUCGCUCAACGUGUACUGUGUCGGUCACAAGGAACCCUUUCUGAUCUUUUGCGUAACCCUAAACCUUGGAGCAAAUUGAAGUCCGGCAGGGAAACUUUCCGAAGAAUGUAUAAAUGGUUGAAAGAACCGGAGUUUCAUAGAAUGUCGGCUCUUAGACUAGCAG